GCCGUCGAAAGAAGCGCAGACGACCUGAAGAUGGCGCCAUUGCAGAAGCGUUCAAUCAACAACUGUUCUCUGUUACCAUAGCAACAUAAAGCGUGAAACAUGAAGGACGUUCAGAAUCGAUAUUUAUCUGUAUGCGCUGAAGUUUAUCAGCCUCCAAAUACAUGUGUUUGGAAGUCUUGGAAGACAACAUUAGUAGCAUGGACACUGACAGACAAGACGACGAUAUGAUGGUCUUGUGAGAAUUUCGGCUAUUAAGGAAAAAUAAAAGUCUGAAGAAUGACAGGAAAUCAGAUUGGAAACAAGGUGCCAUGCAACUGGCUGCUAUGUUGCAGAUCAUCUCUACUUUAGAAGAAAUAGACAUCUCAGAAUGUGAUUUGAUGAAUUUGUUGAACAUAAAUAUAAGCACAAAAUAAAGGAGGAAACAACAGUCCAUAUGGCACAGAUGCUGGUGGUGAAUGAGACACUGAGGGAGCUUCACUUGGGAAAACAUGACAUGACUGAUACUGUUGUGGAGAGACUGUGUGAAACACUGAAGUUAAACGUCUCUCUACGCUACAUGGAUCCUCACUGGAUUACACAGGAUGGAGCCAAAUGCUUAUCAGAGGUUUUGAAACAAAAUCCCUUUUUGAAGAUUUUAGAUCUGUCUUCCAAUUGCAUUGAAGACCAUGAUUGUAUUACAAGCAACAACAUUGGAAAGGAAGGUCUUAAGUCCUUCAUUGAGGCAAUGAAAGUGAAUUCCUGUCUCACACACAUUUACAUCUGGGGGAACAAAGUUGAGGAGCUAGUUUGCAUGGCUUUCUCUCAGCUCAUAAGCAGUGGGCGGCUGUUGGAGGAGCACACAGAUGUUUCUCACUAUGAGGUGGAUGAUUGUGUUUUUCUAGCUGAAGUAUCUCAUUGUUUAUGCAGGGACUAUUAUUGGACGUCCAGAUAUGGGGAAUAUAAAGACUCAAGUAAUUCAGCUCUGGCCCUGAUGGCAUCAGAUUCAUUGGCUCUACAGAUCCAUCCAGACUCACAUUCAUGAUUUUGUCCUGAAGUGCAU